GUCCAACUGCUUUUAAACUAUGUAUACCUUAAUGAUUUAUAUAGAACUAUAACAUGUACCUAACAUGAUCUUGAUAAUAAUAUUGAUUAAAGACGGGAAUAUAAGCUCGACGAUUAUUGUAUCCGGGCCCGUCCAAAUCCAACAACCUAAUAGGCAGCCGGCAAAACAAACCUUAACUUCAGCCCCAAUUUUCCAAUGUUAAUAUAUAAUCCUAUACCUACGUCAUUUCCUUUUUUUCGCGAGCUCUUAACUAUAAUAACACAACUCAAGGUCUAGGUACUCACCUCGUUGCUCAAGUGAUGAGCGAAUUAAUUGUAUUAUUAUGAUACCGGCUUAUGUAACCAUGUGAAACCUAGUGGAGCUGGAUCCGUUCGGUUUCCGCUCGGCUGGCGGAGCACACAAUCCCGAAUCAAAUCUCAGCCGUAAGGAAACAAACAGCAUCACAUGUACUACAUUGUAUGUAGAUAUAAUUGAUCGGCGUUAGGAGAGUCCUUAUUAUUGUUAUUCCUAAAAGAAAAAUUCAAAAUGGAUAGCCCAUAUUCUAAAGAGUUAAGAGUUGCAAUUGCGGCGAUCCAAUCGGCAGCUAAACUCAGCCAAGCCGUGAUCUCAGUUGAAGAUAAAGGAGUCAUCGAGAAAGAUGACCUUAGUCCUGUCACGGUAGCCGACUUCGCCAUUCAAGCAUUGUUAACCGCUACUAUUCACCAUGCUUUCCCUCACGAUAAAUUUGUUGGGGAGGAAUCGGCAGCAGAUUUGCGGGCCAACCCCGUUUUGUUAGACCGGGUGUGGAGGUUGCUGCGAAGACUCGAGGACGACCAAGCAAAGUCUCUCUGUAAGCUACCAGAGACACCCGAUCAAAUGUGUGAGAUGAUCGAUUGGUGCGGUUUUGGUGAACCCGGUGGCCCGCAAGCCGGGCGAGUCUGGGUUUUUGAUCCGAUCGACGGCACAAAAACGUUUGUCCGAGGCGAAGCAUAUGCGAUAAACGUCGCGUUAUUACAAGGAAGCAGUCAAGUCCUCAGCGUCGUCGGUUGUCCUACCAUUUCUGCCAACGCUGUGGCACCCAUUACAAAUACCUCCGUAGAUCCUACGGGUCGGGGAUGCAUCGUAUUCGCCGUGAAAGGUCAUGGCACCUACACUCGCGCGUUGAUAGCGUCGUCGCUCGACGAAGCCCAAGUUCGUAGGAUCGAGCCGCAUACUGAAGCUGAAUCAUCACAGGCCUUACGGCCGGUAUCUUGCUAUAACAUGUUAGACUCGGGAGUAGACGAUGUCCAUCAAUUAAUUAUGGACAAGCUGAAUAUCGAAAACAGAGGCUGCGACUUGCUCGCAUGGGUUCUUCGAUGGGUAGCUCUUGGUAUCGGACUCGCAAAUAUGACCAUCUGGAUUUACAAGCAGCGAAGUCGGACGGGGAAAAUAUGGGAUCACGCAGGAGCCAUGCUCCUGUUUGAAGAGGUUGGUGGUAAGAUUACGGAUAUUGAUGGGAAACCAAUUGACCUUGGGGUGGGAAGAAAGAUGAGCGCCAAUCAUGGCUUCGUUGCUGCCCCUAAGGCGCUUCAUGCCACGGUCCUCGACACCGUACAAAAGGUUAUACGCGAGCAGGGGAAAGGACAUUUACUUGGUUAAGCUAAUGACGAGCAUGAACUGCGACCAGCGUGUUUAUAUAUCUUCGAGGUGCCUAACGAUAAAAGUUUCGGUGUCUACAGCUAGGAUAGACCUCACACCCCCGAAGGUGUGACACAGCACGGCUUAUAAGCGAACCAACGGCGCCUCAGUAGGCGACCCCCGAACACCAAUUUUGCACCGAACACGAGCGCACCCGGAGGAGCCAACAAGAGCAGCUAGAACAUCAUCAUGUAUGCCUUUUAAGGUUAGAUUUGCAGGAUAUUAAAAGACCAAUACAGUAUAUAUAUAGAC